UAUUUAUUGCAAAUUUGCAUAUGUCAAAAAAAAAAAAAAAUGUCGCCUCCAUCUUCCUCAACAAAUGUGGUACUGUGGACUCUGUGGUGUCUACCAAAAACCCAAUAGAGGGUUUUACUCUUUAGAGCGAAACUGGCUACUUUGAAUUCAAUUCAUUAAAAUUCAGAAAAGCUACAAAUUCAACUGAAAUCAAUCAACUCAUGUUGAGGACACUUUCUUUGUUUCCUCGCUUACCCUUCCCCCCUUCUCGAAGAUUUCCUAAUUUUGCCACAAUGCCCGUGGAAGCGGUACCAUUGUGUCCCAAGUUUGUUCCUGUGGAGCAAAGUGAAAUAACGUCAAUCAGUAGCUCUGAAGCAUUCAAAUUCAGUGUUAUCUCAUAUAAUAUACUGGCACAGGUAUUUGUGAAGAGUUCCUAUUUCCCACACUCCCCAAAACCUUGCCUCAGAUGGAAGGCUCGUUCCCAAGCUGUUUCAACUGUUCUAGGGAGUUUUGGUGCCGACUUUCUGUGCAUACAGGAGUUAGAUGAAUAUGAUAGCUUUUAUAGAGACAAUAUGGGACAACUUGGAUACUCAAGCAUCUAUAUCCAAAGAAGUGGUAAAAAACGUGAUGGCUGUGGAAUCUUUUACAAGCAGGCCAGUGCAGAGUUGGUCUUACAAGAAAACAUUGAAUAUAAUGACCUCGUGAAAAGUAUUGACGGUGAAACAAAUAGUACUGUGACGGAUAGUGCUGUCUCCGUGGCUGUAGGAAAUGCGGACGGUGAAGAAACUGAAGGUUUGGCAGAGAAAAGUACUGAAAAUGACCGUGGAGACCCUAAUGAUCCUCGUGUCAGACUGAAACGCGAUUGUGUUGGAAUUAUGGCUGCAUUUAGACUAAAGAGUCUGUCUCAACAUCUUAUUAUUAUUGCUAAUACACAUAUAUAUUGGGAUCCAAAAUGGGCUGAUGUUAAGCUGGCUCAAGCUAAAUAUCUACUGUCUCGUUUAGAUCAAUUCAAAACUCUAGUUUCAGAAAAAUUUGAAGUUAUUCCUUCGGUUGUUGUAACUGGAGACUUCAACUCUACCCCGGGAGAUCAGGUGUACAAUUACCUUAUCUCAGGCAAUUCUGCAUCAGAAUCUACAGUUGAAUGUCCUGAUGAGUUGCCGCCUAUCCGAUUGAGCAGUGUCUACGCCUGCACAAGAGGAGAACCGGCAUUCACAAACUGCACACCUGGUUUCACAGGUACGUUAGAUUACAUCCUGUUUUCGCCCUCAGAUUGCAUACGACCUGUAAGCUUCCUAGAACUUCCUGGUGAAGAUUCACCCUCCGUGGCUGGCGGGCUCCCGAAUUACCAGCAUCCGAGCGAUCACCUUCCCAUUGGUGCAGAAUUUCAAGUCCUUACACAAUAGUAGUUUAUAACUAUAUUUUUUUUGGAAAUAAAUAACCUUGAAAAUUGUUUGAGAGGCAUAUUCAAUUAUUUCAGUCGAAUCCAGUCUAAACCUGGACCGAACCGGAAAAUACAGGUCCAGUCCAGACCGGAAUUUAUUUCGGUCCAGUCUUUAGUCCAAAAAAUUUCUUGAUUCCAGUUCCAGUCCAGUGUUGGACCGGUGUGCAGCCCAUUUGGCAUGUACUUUACUGCCUGUAUACGGAUUGAGUUGUCAUAUAUCCGAUUUAUCUUAAA